GCCGGCCCGUCCCUGUCCGGUGCCCGUGCCCAGGUGACCCGUGCCCAGGUGACCCGUGCCCAGGUGACCCGUGCCGUGUCACCCGCUGUCCCCGCCUCACAGCAUCGCGCCCCAGGAUGCCGCGGCCGCCGCCGGCCCCGCCUCGCCGCUAGAGCUGCGGAAGGGCUGAGAUGGAUUCACCAGAACGAGCCACAAUUAGAAGUGAGCAGAAAUCCAGAAAAUUCCUCAAAAGCCUAGUCCGAAAGCAGCCGCGGGAGCUGCUGGUGGUGAUCGGGACAGGGGUGAGCGCCGCGGUGGCCCCAGGAAUCCCGGCCCUGUGCUCCUGGAGGAGCUGCAUCGAGGCCGUGCUGGGAGCAGCCGAGCAACUGGAGGUGCUGCACCCUGGGGAUGUGGCGGAAUUCCGCAAGAAGGUCACCAAAGAGAGAGACCUGCUCGUGGUUGCCCAUGAUCUCAUCAGGAAGAUGUCCCCACGUACAGGGGACACGAAGCCCAACUUCUUCCAGGACUGCCUGAUGGAGGUGUUUGAUAAUUUGGAGCAGCACAUCCAGAACCCUGUGGUCCUGCAGUCCAUCCUGAGGCUCAUGGAGAGAGGCACAAUGGUUUUGACCACAAACUAUGAUAAUUUGCUCGAGAUAUUUGGUCAGCAACAGGGCAAACCUAUGGAAUCUUUAGACCUUAAAGAUAAGGAUAAGGUUCUUCAGUGGGCAAGAGGCCACGUAAAAUAUGGAGUUCUUCAUAUCCACGGCUUAUACACAGAUCCCUGUGGAAUGGUGCUCGAUCCCUCAGGAUAUAAGGAUGUUACUCAAGAUCCUGAAGUCAUGGAAGUUCUUCAGAACUUGUACCGAACCAAGUCCUUCCUGUUUUUGGGCUGUGGGGAGACUCUGCGUGACCAGAUAUUCCAAGCCCUUUUUCUUUACACAGUGAAGAACAAAGUGGAUUUAGAACAUUACAUGUUGGUGCUUAAAGAAAACGAAGACCACUUUUUUAAGCUCCAGGCAGACAUGCUGCUGCAUGGGAUAAAGGUGGUGUCCUAUGGGGACUGCUUCCAGCAAUUCCCAGAGUACGUCCAGGAUCUCACUGCUCAGAUCUGCAAGCAGAGGAGUCCAGAUGCUGACCGGGUGGACAGCACAACACUGCUGGGAACUUCAUGUGUGGACUGUGCUAAAAGGAAGUUGGGAGAAAGUGGCACUGACUCCCCGAAGAGGAUCAAGCAGUCAGAUACACCCACUAGUGAAUGAAAACACCCCAAACACCCACAGCCCACCCUAAAAGCUUUUUAACAGCAGGUGUUCUACAUCUGCUGCAUGGAAAGUUUUGAGCUGGUAGUUCCAUGGUUUUAAGUGGAAUAAAACUGUACAUAUUUAGCCUUUCCUUUCUAAA